AUGACCUUCAACAGCAGCGGUGGCGGUGGCGGCGGCGGCGACGGCGGCUCGGGGACUUGUCUCGUGUCCCUCAUGGCCCAGGAAUCGCUGUACGGCGAGACGGCCAUGGAACUCCUGGCCUGCUGCUACACACACCUGGUCCAGGAGCUGGCGGCGAACCCGUCGGCGGCACCUCUGGGAAGUGUGCAGCAUUUUUCCCCCGCGAGCAUGGCCGAGGCGUUGUCGUUCGGCCGGGGCGAGCUGCGUGCGUCGGCCUGGGAGGGAAGGACUCUGCCGGAGCAGGUCUUGCACGUGGCCAAGAUGUAUCCCGACAAGAUCGCCGUCAAGGAUGGCUACGGCACCGCCAUGUCCUUCCGAGGUCUGAGGGAUAGGGUCUUUGCCAUCUCGAGGACACUCGCGCCGGUCUUGGGACGGUCGUCGUCGUCAUUGACGGCGGGGCCCGUGGCGGCGGUGUAUCAAGAACCGUCGGCCGACUGGGUCUGCUCCAUGAUCGCCAUCAUGCGGAUGGGCGCAGUGUACGUCCCGCUUGACAUGGCCACUCCGGUCCCCCGCCUUGUGAAGAUUGUGACCGAGCUGCUACCGGCCAGUUCCCCCGGCUCGACGAUGCUCGUCUUGCCAGAUGUGACACCGGCACCGGCACCGGCACCGGCCCCGGCCCCGGCCCCGAGAAAGGUACCUUUCUCGGGGCUAAGCGAUGCCGCCGCCACCGCCGUCGCCGCCGCCGCUGAUGACGACAACACAACAGCGGCCACAAGGCCAAACGUGAGCGUAACGUCGCCCUGCGUCAUACUAUAUACGAGCGGCUCGACGGGAGUGCCCAAAGGCAUCGUCCUGACCCACGGCAACCUCGCCAACGAGGUCGAGCACUCGGCGUACACCUACGGCUUCGGCCCGGAGGAUGUGGUCCUCCAGCAGAGCGCCCUCAGCUUCGACAUGUCCCUGACGCAGAUUUUCUCUGUCGUCGCACAUGGCGGCACGCUGUGCAUGAUACCGCUCGAGCUACGCGGCGACGCCGUGGGCAUUGCCACCGCCAUGGCGCGCGAGGGCGUCAUGUUCACUGGCGCAACGCCGUCCGAAUACGCCCUGGCCCACGGCGGCCGCGACCACCGUCUAUCCUCGUGGCGCAUCGCGCUGGCCGGCGGCGAGCCGAUCAAGCCGGCGAUGCUGCAGAGGUUCCGGGUCCUGAGCAAGGAGGAUCUGCGCCUCUUCAACGCGUACGGUCCCACGGAGACGACAUGCUCCGCCACCAGGGGAGAGAUCGACAACCGCAGCCUCAGCAGUCCGCCGCCGCACACGGAUGCAGUGGUCUCCUUCGGGCGACCGGCUCCCAGCAGCUUAGUGUGCGUCGUCGACGAGAAGCAGACCGGAACCGGGGCCGCUUCUGGCUUAGAGCCGGUUCCCGUAGGGGUCUCCGGGGAGAUUAUAGUCGCUGGUGCUGGCGUGGCGCAGGGCUACCUCAACCGCGGCAAUCUCACCGACGCCGUCUUUGUCCCCGGGACCUACUUCUCCAAAGUGAAGCUCGGCGGGAUGAGCUUCGAUCUAUGUGAAAUCGAGGCCGUCAUCGCUGAGGUGGGAACUGGCCGCAUUGCCGAUGCCGUUGUCUCGGUCCGCCGUGCUCCCUCCUCCGCACUUGGUCUUGAAGACAACGACGACGACGACGAACAGGACGGCUUCCUUGUCGCCCACGUCGUGCUGCAGCAGCCCGAGAUUCAGCUAGACCUAGACCGCUUCCUCAUUGUCGAGGUCGCGUCCAGGCUGCCCCGGCGCAUGCUUCCCGCCGUCAUCCUGCCCAUCGACCGGCUCCCUGCCACCAUCUCAGGGAAGAUUGACCGCCGUGCUAUCUCCGAGUUGCCGCUUCCCAAUGAUGACGACAGCGAUGUCGACGAAGACGUGAGUAAGAAACUAGGAGAGAUCGUUGGCUCAACAGCCUUAAGCUCCACCGAGGCGGGUUUGUUGGAGCUCUGGGCCACCGUCACUCGCGGCGGUCUACUCCGCCGCGGAGGCGCGCACCGGGACAUCGCCCCCGAGACCGACUUCUUCCACUUGGGAGGCAACUCGCUGCUUCUCAUCAAGCUUCAGGCGUCUAUCAGAAAGGUCUACGGCGUCACGGUCCGCCUAGUCGAGCUCUUAGAGCACAGCUCGCUCGGCAAAAUGGCCUCGCUCGUUUGGGACAAGGACAAGGACAUGACUACACCAACCAUCGACUGGGAAGCCGAGACAGAAGUGCCUUCUGAGUGGGUACACGGGGAUGAGAAGCAAGCUGACUACAAAGCGGGCGUCACCACCACCCGACGGGUUGUCAUGACGGGACCCUCGGGGUUCCUGGGCGUCAAGCUCCAUCCGCCGAGCCAGGGCAGCCGUGGAAUGUCGACCUGA